AAUGGUGUAUCCAACAAAUGUUUAUGUUUUAGAAUUAUUAAUCUGAAGAGUGUAAUAGCACUUCAGCUUUAGACAAGAGUUAAGCUGUUGGGAUGUGUUGGAAACCGUGUGUUGUCCGUUCAAGGUCGGUGGGUGCGCAAGGGCAGCACAAAAUUUGACCACUUUCCAGGCUCGUCUUAACUAAAUUCAAGGUCACCAACAGCGACGGCCCGAUCAAUAAAACAAAAUAUACGCAGAGUUCGCGCUCACGCCGCGUACGUACACGGACGACUUUAUCAUUGUGGCGAGUGUCCCGGGACCCCGCCAAAAAUCUCCAAACACACCAAUAACAACCACCCGUUUCAUUAACUCGUUAAUCUUUAACCCGAGGGUGACGACAUUAAAACGACCUUUAUCCGUAAAAGUAAAUAAUAAAAAAGUUAAAGUUGAAACGUGUAAAAACAGUAUGUAAUUUUUUCGACGUUAUUUUUUGUUCGUCGGAUUUUGAUUCUCCGAAUGGAAUCACGUGCGUGAUGUAAAAAAGAAGGAGAAAAUGUAAUGUUUAUGUCUCUUUUAUUUGAUCGAAUUAUAUAUGGAACAAAAUUAAAUUCGUCGUAUUUGUUCGGAUAAAGUAGUGAAGUGUUACACGUUGCGAAGGAACGGCGAUAAAAUUGCGAACGAUAAAGUGCGCAAGCGCGUUUGCCCAGAGCGGAAAACCUAGACCUAGCCAUCAUCCUCCAAAACAACACUCGUAGACAUCGCGCGAUUCUCGUUUUUUUUUUUAGUUUUCGUGAUUUUACGCUUAAACGGGAUUCGACACCGAAAAAGAAACAUUCCAAUCGAAAGAAAACAUAGUGGUGAUAUGUUUUACGUCCUUCAUGCACUUUUGGAUUACUGUGUUGUUCGGUUUCAUGUAGAGAUCUCGUCGUGUCAUACGCUACGUUUGUCAUUUUCAAUCCGCUAGAGGAUGUCGGCCGAUACUGAGGCCCAUAGUAUGCAGGCGCCCAUACAGCAACUGCUGCCCGAUAUAACAAGUUUAAGUUUACUUCAUCGUCCACAAGGUCCCAUACAUGCCCACGCUAUGCAACCCACUGGUCAACCAACCACCCCAAUUGGUACAACAAGUACAGCAGUGGCCAUCCCAGGAACAGCAGGUCCAUCUUUGGCAACUGUGGCCCCACCAACAGAUCCCCCACAUUUCCAAUGCCCACGAAGGCCGAACUUGGGCCGGGAAGGUCGGCCAAUCGGCCUCAGAGCAAACCACUUCCAAAUCACAAUGCCCAGAGGUUUUGUUCAUCAUUACGACGUCAAUAUACAACCAGACAAAUGCCCGAGAAAGGUUAAUCGCGAAAUAAUAGAAACAAUGGUUCAUGCAUACACAAAAAUCUUUGGGACAUUAAAACCGGUCUUUGAUGGUAGAAAUAAUUUGUACACUCGGGAUCCAUUGCCAAUUGGUAAUUCGAGAGAGGAACUGGAAGUAACGUUGCCUGGAGAGGGAAAGGAUCGGUUGUUUAGAGUUACAAUUAAAUGGGUGGCACAGGUGUCACUGUAUGGUCUCGAAGAGGCUUUGGAAGGUCGUACUAGGCAGAUCCCAUAUGAAGCUAUUAUGGCUUUGGACGUCGUUAUGAGACAUUUGCCAUCGAUGAGCUAUACGCCCGUUGGUAGAAGUUUUUUCAGCAGUCCCGAAGGAUAUUAUCACCCAUUAGGUGGCGGGAGAGAGGUUUGGUUUGGAUUCCAUCAAUCUGUUAGACCAAGUCAAUGGAAAAUGAUGCUUAAUAUUGACGUAUCAGCAACAGCAUUUUAUAAAGCUCAACCUGUAAUCGAAUUUAUGUGUGAAGUUCUUGAUAUCCGGGACAUAAACGACCAACGCAAACCGCUCACGGACAGUCAACGAGUCAAAUUCACCAAAGAAAUCAAAGGUCUUAAAAUAGAGAUAACCCAUUGUGGCACGAUGCGACGUAAAUAUCGCGUUUGUAAUGUCACUCGGCGUCCAGCUCAGAUGCAAAGUUUUCCUUUACAACUUGACAAUGGUCAAACGGUGGAAUGUACUGUGGCUAAGUACUUUUUGGACAAGUAUAAAAUGAAACUACGGUAUCCACAUUUACCGUGUUUACAAGUAGGGCAAGAACACAAACACACGUAUUUACCGCUAGAAGUGUGCAAUAUCGUAGCGGGGCAAAGAUGCAUUAAGAAAUUAACCGAUAUGCAAACUUCAACUAUGAUCAAAGCCACAGCACGAUCGGCGCCGGAUCGUGAAAGGGAAAUUAACAACUUAGUUCGACGGGCGGACUUUAAUAACGACGCUUAUGUACAAGAAUUUGGUUUGACGAUAAGUAAUAGCAUGAUGGAGGUGCGUGGACGCGUUUUGCCACCACCAAAGUUGCAGUAUGGCGGUCGGGUGGCCUCUCUCAGCGGACAGGUGGGCUGGCACAGUAAGCAACAAGCGAUGCCAAAUCAAGGUGUUUGGGAUAUGCGUGGUAAGCAAUUUUUCACUGGAGUUGAAAUUCGAGUAUGGGCAAUAGCGUGUUUCGCGCCGCAAAGAACCGUUAGAGAGGACGCUUUAAGAAAUUUCACGCAACAACUUCAAAAGAUUAGUAACGACGCGGGAAUGCCGAUAAUCGGUCAACCAUGUUUUUGUAAAUACGCCACUGGACCGGAUCAAGUGGAACCAAUGUUUAGGUAUUUGAAAACGACGUUUCAAAGUCUUCAGUUGGUGGUUGUUGUUUUACCUGGAAAAACGCCCGUUUAUGCAGAAGUAAAACGCGUUGGUGAUACCGUUUUAGGAAUGGCAACGCAAUGUGUUCAAGCGAAAAAUGUGAACAAAACCUCGCCACAAACUUUAUCGAAUUUAUGUUUGAAGAUUAAUGUUAAAUUGGGGGGAAUAAAUAGUAUACUUGUGCCAUCAAUUAGACCAAAGAUAUUUAAUGAACCGGUUAUAUUUUUGGGUGCUGAUGUAACACACCCACCAGCAGGAGACAAUAAAAAACCUUCGAUAGCAGCUGUUGUGGGAUCAAUGGAUGCCCAUCCGUCUAGAUAUGCAGCGACAGUUCGAGUGCAGCAACAUCGACAAGAAAUUAUAGCUGAACUUAGUUCUAUGGUUAGGGAAUUACUGAUAAUGUUUUAUAAAUCAACUGGUGGAUAUAAACCUCACAGAAUAAUACUGUACAGAGAUGGGGUUUCAGAGGGGCAAUUUGUGCAGCUUCUGCAACACGAACUGACAGCUAUUCGUGAAGCUUGCAUAAAAUUGGAAGCCGAAUACAAACCGGGUAUAACGUUUAUUGUCGUCCAGAAAAGACACCACACGCGUCUUUUCUGCGCCGACAAGAAGGAACAAAGUGGUAAAAGCGGAAAUAUUCCCGCCGGAACAACGGUGGAUGUUGGUAUCACUCAUCCUACAGAAUUUGAUUUCUAUUUGUGUAGUCAUCAAGGAAUACAGGGAACAUCUCGUCCGUCUCAUUAUCACGUCCUAUGGGAUGAUUCUCAUUUGGACUCUGAUGAAUUACAGUGUCUCACAUACCAGCUUUGUCAUACAUAUGUGAGAUGUACCAGAUCCGUAUCCAUUCCAGCGCCGGCGUAUUAUGCCCACUUAGUUGCAUUCCGAGCAAGGUACCAUUUGGUCGAGAAAGAACAUGACAGCGGUGAAGGUUCGCACCAGUCUGGUUCAUCAGAAGAUAGAACUCCAGGAGCUAUGGCUAGAGCGAUCACAGUUCACGCUGAUACCAAAAAGGUCAUGUACUUUGCUUAGAAAUAUCACACACCACCAUACACAACACAUGCCCGCAACAAACCAAAAUUACAUAUUAUUAUUAUUAUAACUGAGCGUAAAAAUAAUGUGUGCUGGUUUGAUUGCGAUGAAUAUUUUACUAUAAAACGAAUUAAUAACAAAAAAAAAGCAGAAACGUUUGCAGUCAGCAUUACACAAAAAUAAAAAAUCGAAAAAAUUAAAAAAAAAAAGGAAAACAUUAUUAUUUAGGUUAUGUUUAUUUAUCAUGCAGCCAAUUUGUGUAGGUAAAGACAAAGUUAAAAGAAAUCAAUGCAAUUUAUGUAACCAAAAAACCCCUCUACCAAAUAACGUUAAAAACUUCCUCUCAUCUCCAAGCUCGAUAAAAACUAAUUUAAUGCUCAGUAUGAUCUAGUUCUUUUAUUAUGUAAUCAAAUCAAAUCGUUUUCUUGUUAUUUUUUUUGUAUAAUUGCUGCCAUAUGUAUUUUGUAGAAUGGAAGGUCUUCAUUACGUGUGAUAAAAAAAUAUUGGAAUCAAAGAAAAAAAAA